AUGUCUGAUAACGUUCAUUCUUCAAGCCGAAUCUUCAAUGAUAUUAUGUUAUCUCGAAGAUUUACAAGUUGGGACAAUUUUGAGACCUGUUUGAAAGAAGUACAUAAGUAUACGCAUACUAAGUACGUUAUGUCAGUAUGCAAAAAGAACAGUGAUGAUCCAACUCUAAAGUACUUUUUCGUGAGAUAUGUCUGUACAUAUGGACGUAAACGCAGUUCGUCAGAGUCAGAUGCUUGCGUUCAGGAUGUAGAUGAUGAUGGUAAUAAUCAUUCUUCUGAAGAGCAUACAACUUCUAACUCGCCAACACAACCUAGGCAAAGGAGACGACGUCGGUCAUCUACGUAUGCCUUACUUCAAGUGAAUUUAUCCUUCAAGUCGAAAUAUUGCCACUGUAAAUCAGGAUUUUGGGUCCGGGCACUGAAUGGUGAGUUGAAACUCACCUCUAUUAAAACCGUGCACAACCAUCCUUGCACAGAAGGAUAUAUUUCUGUCGAUCCAUCGAAACGACAGCUGACCUCAAGUGAACGCUUGUAUUUAAGAACGUUUCUACUGAGUAAUACACCAACUCGUAGCUUACGGUAUCUGGUUUCUUUGAAGUUCAAUAAACAACUUACCAAGGACGAUAUCGCCAGAAUGCGUUCACAGUUGUACCCAGACACUAAAAAUAUCAAUAACAUUUUACAGCGCAUUCAAGGUAA